GGAAUUUUCAUAAUUUUUUAUGUAAAUUCCUGCUGGCUGAAAGAUUAAUUAUACAUAGGGUACGCAAAUCUAUUGCUGCUUUGUUAGAAUCCCAGUGACUCUGUGCAAGUAAGAACUGAAAUGAUUAAGUUGGAUGAAAUAAUGACGAUGGCGUUAUCCCCUUGAAAGUGAUUCUAAAAAUUUUAUCUUCUAAAGACUCAUUUUUCCGAGAUUGACCAAGCAUAAACAUACAAGCAAAAUGGCGAAAGAAUCCGCCGAUGUGAUGAAGGUCGCCGACUGGGACGUGGUCGUGGAGCGGCCCUUCAUUGAAAAGUAUCGUCCUUCGUCCUUAGAGGAUGUGAUUUCUCAUCAAGACGUCAUUCGCAGUGUUUCGCGGAUGCUGGAAACGAAGAAUUUCCCGCAUAUGAUAUUCUACGGCCCACCGGGUACUGGAAAGACGUCGACAGCACUGGUAUUGGCCAGGAAGCUGUACGGGAAAUACUUUGGGACUGCGGUAAUGAUGCUCAACGCCUCUGAUGAUCGCGGCAUCGACACGGUGCGAGGAAAAAUUCAAGGUGGACUUUUUACAGCUUAAUAUGGAUUGAUAGAAUACAUAGCCAAUUUCAAAUUCUACAUUAUUAGACCUCUUGAAACGAAGGCGGGUUCCCUUACGCGGAUGCAGACUCGUGUUUGUUUUCUGAUGUAAGGUAGUAAUAGUAGUAGAGCUGAUCAUUGGAUUUGGAACCAACUUCUUAUGUUGUUAAAUAUAUAUAAUUGUUUUUCGACAGGUUUCUGCGGUCAGGGCUCGUUCAUACCAGACCCUGAUCUCCAGUCCGUACCGAAACUGGUGAUUUUAGACGAAGCAGAUAUGCUAACUAAGCCUGCACAGCUUGCUCUGCGACGAGUGAUGGAGGACUUCUCGCGAGACGCCCGCUUUCUGAUCUUGUGCAACUAUUUAAACAAACUGAUUCCGGCUAUUCAAAGUCGAUGUGCCGUGUUCCGCUUGAGCAUGCUAAACGAGGAAGAGGUGUGCUGUUGCAUCCGACGUGUGUGCAAGGCAGAAGGGCUCGAGAUAACUGACGACGGCGCCUCGGCAAUCGCAGAGCUGGGGCGCGGAGACCUUCGACGCGUCUUGAAUUUGCUUCAGUGCGCAUCCCGACUCACGGAGAGCGAUGACAAAAUGCAAUUAGAAGGCUCAGACCCUCUCGAAGAGGAAAAGAAGAAAAUCACAGAGGAUGACGUGUAAUUCAACUACUUUUUUUCAAGUUUGUUUCUACGAUUAUUUCAAGUGGAUGUUGACAAUUAUGACAAUAUUAAGAAAUAACUAAGUAGAUUAUUCUUAUUGUAGCUAUGUAGCUGUAGCUGAUUCUGCAUGCAGCGGGUUACAGAAUAGUGUCCAUCGACAGUAUUUUCUUUUUGAUCAUGUUAUGAUAGUCUUUCUGAAUUUAUUUACACAGGUAUGCAUUCGCUGCUGAGCCAGUGAGGGCACAUGUGGCAGAGAUAAUGCAGGCGCUGCUCACCAUGCCAUUUAGAGAAGCCUUAGCGAAGGUGAAGGCGAUUAAAGGCCGUCACCACUAUUCAACAAAGAGCCUCGUGGAAGUCAUGUAGUCCUACACUUUUUGGUUUGUGAAUGGUAUAAACUAGUUGUUGUUGUUCCCUUGUUGUUGUUCUUUCUUGAUUCAUGAAACCAUACGAGCGAGUGACUGCACAACCCUGUACGCAUAGCCUCCUCUUUACGCACGCCAGCUACAAGGAAGUGCUUUUGAUGGAGUUGCCGUUUUUAGUUCGCGUACGAAUAGUGCCCGUGCUUGCAGACAUCGAGAUUCGACUAGCACAAGGCGGCUCUGACGCCAUCCAGUUAGGUGCUUUGGUUGCAGCCUUUGGUUUUGCCCGUGCACAAGGGGAGAAGAUUCAGAAGUACAAGGAGCGUCGUGAGGAAGAAGCAAGGCGUUUCGCUGACAUGACGCGAGCCGAACGAGAAGCCUUUCUUCAGCAGCAAGAGGAACUGUUUCCAGGAGAGCAGAUGUUAUGAUCUUUAAUCCGUUUGUUCAUCUCUGUCAGCACCAAGGAAGAGUUUACUCUGUACGUGGAAGACUAAAGUACGACCUUCUAAUCAUAUCGGAGCUCGGUCCGCGGACGCCGCACGAGAACAGCCAACUGCACCACUUGGCUUAUUUGAAUGCGCAUACUCCCUCGUUGGCAGAGGAUUCCCAGAUGCAAUAUGGACCCGACAGCAAGGGGAAAAAAGGAACUGGAAAGAAGGGAGCCAAAGGCGCUUCUCUCGGUGUGCCUGCGGGAGACCUCUCUGCCCUCGGAAGCCAAACGCCCGGUGAUUUCAUGGCCCGACUAGAUGCAGUGUCUGGCGCGUCGCCGCCUCCCAUGUCGCAUUUAUGGUCAUUUUGCAGCUGAGCAGUCAAUUCAUUGAGGAGUUGACAUGAUUGUAGUAAAUGUGAAGGCACCUAUAGCUAAAGGAAUCGUUAGACUAUCAAUCAUAGUUCUUUAAUAUUUCACAACAUUCUUUCAUAUCCCGGGGGCGGCGCCGGCCCUGAUCUUGCGUAUUCGCAGGGGCCAAUCUUCAGUGCAGCUAGUGCAGUAGGCGAGGGCAGUCACGCGGCUGCUGGAGUCGUUCCAGCCGCUGGGCGCGGUAGCAUUAGGGAGAGCUACAUCCGAAACUCCAUUCGGCACAGCUUGGCUAGUGAGCACGGCCUUCUCUCGGUAGUGCAGGAGGCAGCGCGUAAGCGCACAGGAUCGAGGGCUCCAGCGUCCUCACAGGAAGGGCUAGAGCCACGCCGUUCUUUAGCUGAGCUGCUUGGGAAAGGGAAAGUUAAGAAGAGCAGUCACGACGUCGAUAACCAUCAGCAGAGACCGUCUUCAGCGAUGGACGCGCCAGCGGUCCCAGCGUUAUCCUCUGCAGAUGCGAGAGCCCUUGAUAGAAGACCCGGCACAGCUAAUAGUCAGCCCGCAUUACAACCAGGGACUAGCAGCAGUAGUAGCAACAAUCCCGGAAGACUAAAGCAGGAACUGCCUGCUCCUGCGGGUACCAGUGAUGCUCCGUCGCAGUUUACGGAACGUGGCACGAACCAGGCGCUCAGUGUUGACGGGGACGUGCACGCCAUUAUGACAGGCAGUCUGCCUGACCACGGUGCGAACAUGGAUGCUGAAGGGGGCGCACCAGACGAGCUCUUAUGGGAGCCUGAUUUCCUUGACCGUGACGAAAUGGCUGAUGAUCCCAUGGCCGAUCUAUACGGAGGUUUCUAGGACAACUCAAACUUUUAACAUGUGGAAGACAGUGUCUUUAUUUCGUACAUACCAAUGUGACUUUUGCAUAUCUCCUUCAUCUUCAUUCACCAUCGAUCCCCCAAAAAAUCGUUCCAAUGACAUUCGAACUUUUUUAUAUUCUCAGAGAACCGAGGGCAGCUCAUGAAGCUGAGCGUUCUUGCGACCCUUUGAUGGAAGCCAAC